AUGAGCAGCGACAUUCCUCCCUGGAAUCCUGUACAGUUCAUCAUCAUCUGUACAUACACUUGUUUUCUCUCAUUUUUUCACACUCCUAGUGGAGGGCUUCAAAUAGUUGCUGUUUAUGUGUCAGUGAUUGUGUUGGCCAUCCCUGCUACUUUUGUUCAGCUCAAGUUAGGUGGUUAUCUACAGAAAGGCGUUGUUGGAGCAUACUCCAUCUUUUUCCCUAUUUGGAAAGGUGUCGGGAUUUCAGCUCUGUUUGAUUUACUGCUGCUUGUGGCAACAUAUGCCCCACUGGUCGCACAUCUAGGAACAUAUGCCUUCAUAGCUAUAUCCAGUGAAGACUACACUUGGGGAUCCUGUGAUCUAGUUAAGCACAUCAGUCAUGAAAAUGAAGUUUGUGUUUCAGAGAAAGAAAAUGGUGUACCUGGUGACAUUAGCAGAGUGGCACACAGACCAGAGGAGUUGUUUUAUAAACACGAGUUUCUUCAGUUGUCCCCAGCGGUCGAUGUCAUUGAUGGCUUCCCACAGUGGCGGUUUACAGACCUAGCAAGAAAGGCAGAGAUUUCUUUGAUGCCUGUCACAUUAGCCAUUGUCUGGGUUCUGGUGUCAUUGUUUGUAGGCUUUGGACCUAGGAUUUGUGGAUGGAUCCUGUUCCUGCUCGGUCCGGCAGCUGUGUUAUCUCUGCUCACAGUUUUGGGUUAUGGCUUUCAUCACCUGGAUAAAACUCACUCACUUGAGUACCUCAAGCAGCUGUACAUGUUUAAAGACAGUGACGAAGAUACCUUUCAAACAUGGUUGAAAGGCUUUCACUUGCUGAUGUAUACCUUUCCUAUGUGGACGGCCAUAUGUUGCACUAUGGGCAAGUUUUGUGGCAGGAGUCGAAAAAUUCGCAAUUUGUAA